UGGAGUCCAAGAGAGAAAACGAACUCCUUCUGUCUACACAAUGGCGGCUUUUUCGAUGAUGGAAGGACGACCGGGCUCUGCCAAUUAUUCUAGUAUUUAUUCUAGAUCUUCAGAGUUUGAUUUUAAAUGUACUUUUAUCCCUGUUUUGCAUUUUGGCUCAGGGGGGGGGCUGUUUUUUCUAUUUCCGUGCACCCUUUAGCAUACUUUUAUACAACAAAGAACCUUACGUUUAGGCAAGAACCCAUCUAGCCUAUUUGAUGAUCAAAAUCGAUGAUAUAUUCGAGUCUGGAAGCUUUGAUAUGAACUGUUUUAAAUGUGUUCUCCUUUUUGAUUGGGUUUAGCAGGCUUGCAUGAAAACCAAGCCUUUUUAUUUGCAAAGAUCGCUUUCUUAGAAAAUAUUUUCUGUUUUACGCUAUUACAUGUGAAACGUAAGAAACAAUUUUUGAAGUGCAGUCGAUAUCUCUGGGUUGUUAUGUCGCUUAGAACGAACUAAUAAUUGUUAACAAUUCCACCUCUGUGAAUUGGACUGCGUAUUUAUAUCUCCACGGGGCAGAAAAUUGUCCCAGGGUGAUCGAGAUACAAUUGUAACACCCCUUUGGGGCUUUUAUUUCAAGUGUUCAUUUCCGUACUACUCUGUCUGCAAUCGAGGCUGUAAUAACAGGACUGCCUUACUGCCUAUGCUGAAUUCAACAACCACGAUUUUUUCGCAGAUGGAUUGGCAGGUUAGUUGUUUGUUUAUUAAGUAACCGAUUUUCUCUCCGUUGUCUUUUGCGAAAUCAAGCAAGCUGUGUGUUUCCAGGUUUCACCAACAAUGUAUUGUUAAGUAAGUUUGCAAUCAAUUGUUAUCGAAAGUAAAAGAUUUGCGAUUUCAUUGAGUAGCACCGCAGCAAUGCGAGUUGGAUACUAAGCAUUUGCAAUAGUUCUAUUAACUUCACCUGCACAAGUAACAAUCAGAUACGAACUGCGGUCACAUACAGGUGCAAAGCAGAAGUAUGUCUUCUAUUUUGUUGAUCUUAAUGAAAUCGUAAAUCCAAUCUUUACUUUUCAAGGACGCGGCUUUUUGGCAUUUGUCUUGCGUGUUUCUCGCAGGUUAAGUAGAGCAAUACUUUAUUUAUUUUUCUGAAUAUGUGACAAGAUGUUUGUUGUCCUAACAUUGAUGCCAAGCUGAAGUUAGGAUGAUAGUCUUAAAAGAAUAUUUCAAGCAGUACGCAUUCCAUUUCGGUCAAUACGAAUAUAAUUCAGAAGAUUUUCGAAAUAUACAAAGAAAAGUAGCCGUUAUUUGGGCUUGACCGUGAAAAUUAGACUGAGCCUAAUGAAACUAUCCUAAAUCUUUUACGAGAAAAGUUAGACACGUAUCAAUUGAGAUAAGGUGUAAAUGAAAUUGACAGGACUGCACCACUAUUCGAGGAGACUCGACACACGAGUAAACACUUCUUGUGGGUUAUACCUUGUUUUUGCUUCCUUAGACCGCAUUUUAAGUUAUCUUCAACCUAGUCUGCAGACGAUUGACGAGCCCUACAAAUUUUAAUGAAACAAGUUUAGUUGCGCAUCAAAACGGUAUCUUGUGCAACCUGCUGCGACUAAAUAUGUUACCGUAAAUUAUCAAUAAUUCAAGUAAAAAUAGUCUUUGGUGAAGGUAAUAUAGUAUAAAAAACUUACCCUAAGGAACUUAGAGUAAAUCUUAAAUUCAGGGGCAGGGGUGUCACUAGCUAUUGUUCUCAAGAGGUUUAUCUGUGUCCCAUUUGCCGACAGAGUGGGCAAGGCAUUCUUAAAUUGCCGACGAAGCACCCGUGGAUGGCAAAAAACUUCGUUUUAGCAACAGUUUUUCAAGCGGGUGUCACACCCCACACACCCUGUCUUUAGGCAUGUUUCAGAUUAGGAAAACAGUUAGCUGGCUCAGAUAUGUGGUAUUUUGAAAAGCAAAGGGGCUGUCAGGAAAGUUUUCAAAGAGCCAAAGCGAUUAAAGAUAGUGUUACCUUCAGUUUUAACAAAGAGUCUAAGCUCUCGAACUUUCUUACUCUACAUCUUUGAACUGCCUUAAAAGAAAAUAUUAGCAACGUUUUCAAUAUAUGAGAAUUAGUUUCAUAACUACAUUCAUUAGACAAUCUUCUCAAAGGCCCUGUGGAACUGAAUUUUCUGAAACGUAUUUGCGAAUCGAUGAAAACGAAGGACAUUUCUAUCUCAAGACCUUGUUAAAAUGUAGUCUUUCAGAAACUGCCAAUCAAAAAUAUAACCUUAAUCGCCUAAAGCAUAAUGUAACUUUUGUUAUUGAAUUCAUCAUAUUUUAUAUCAAUUAACGAUUGCACGGAAAAAGAAAUACUUUAUGGUGACUUUCUCUACAACAUCGCAUGAUUCUUUGUUUAAAAAUCUUAUUCGUGUAGAAUAUUACCGUACUAAUCACAGUUAAAAUUGAGUUAUCAUGUUUUUUAAUUAUCUUUUCUUCAUGAUUAUCAAGAAUAUUUCAGUUCUGUUAAUCACAAAGACAAAAUUAUCUUCAAAUUUAUUGUAAGAACCGUCAUGCACUACUUUGGCUAAUUUUAAGCUUGAACAUUAACAUCAAAAUCAUUUUCUUUAUUAUAGCGAACAGAAUCAGCAAACAGAGAAACGCCUGACUCAAUGCAAAGCUCAACGAUAGAUCUCCUCUAACUUCCGCUGAAUGACCAAUACAAUUCUUUAUGCCAAAAUUAAAAAACCACGCUUUAGUGGAGAUGUCUGAUCUUUAUUCUCUAAUCCUAAAAUAUCAUUGAGUUCUUCGUUUCCAGAGACAAGCUAGUUGUAUACAACACCUGCAAGUUGACAGGGAACAUUGUCGGGUAUGCCGACUAACCUUUACUCGAAACUCAGCAAUUCUUUUUAUCAGGUACAGAUUGCUAACGGCAUUAUCAAGCAGAUGGAGAUGAACUCUGCACAUCAGUCAAUCUUGUACGACUGCUGUCAUGUUUUUUCGUUGCAUGACAACUGACUCGAGAACUUUAUCAUUAACUACGGGAAGAUUAUUUGCACUCAAAAGCAAAUCUGAUUGAGGAGGGUGAACAAUAUUUCAAGCGGAGGUUUAUCAAGUAGAACUGUUUAAAGAAACCGAGGAAGUAAAAUACACACAUUUGUGGAUCUCAAGUAUCAAGUAAUUGUAAUAUUUAUAUGAAGUAUCAACAAAAGAUUGGUUCGGUUUUGGAAAGGUGCUUACUGUUUUGAUGGCGCAGUUAGGUAGCGGCUUUUUUUCAAGAAGCUGGAGACAGCUAAGUUAAAAAAGCAAAUUAAAACACAGUUGUGCAGUGAAUCGGCAAUGCAAAGUAGAUCAACCGCACUGAAAACCUACAUUGAUGACUCUGUACUGUGGCAACAGCACUAAAUAAACUAUAAAGUACAAAAUCCAGAGAAGAGAGUCUGGCUGUUUCCGAGUCUGUCUGUUACUUUCGAAGUAAUAGCGAAGUAAAGGAUACAACUCAACAGAAAAUGUACAAUCGUUGGUACAGGAUGCAAGACCUCGCUCCUUCUACAUUGCCAAAACUUUUGCUGAUACUUUUGGGUCUCACUGGCAUUGUACAUACCUCAAAUAAAAUUGCACUUGUGUUGUAUGAAACGGAUCUAAAAGGCUUGAAUUCUUCACUGAUCGAAAACAAGCUUUCUUUAUCUGGGACCAGAGAUAGAGCUGUUGAGCUGAAUUAUCAAACUUUGCGAAAAGCAAGCGGAACUAGCGAGCAUAUUCUGAAUUCGACAUUGGUGGAGAUUUUGAAAUUGAACGAUUUUGUUAUUUCAUUUUUGAAUGGAAAAGGCUCAAGGUUGUUUGAUGAAGUCCUAACAAGCAGUGGGUUGAGGCAUAUAUCGCUAAGUCCGCAAGACUGUCAUAUUGAUUACAAUGGUCAUCAUCAUAGAAUAGAUAGAUGUGGGAAGUUGUCAUCAGAAGUCAAGGAUGCCCUGCUGGUGUUGUAUCGUCAUCUUGAAGCCUCAAAAAUGGCGAUCUUAUCCAGCCAAGAGCCUUGCAGCAAAGGAUUUACGAAGGAGCUAACAAAAGAUUUAUCCAAGAAACAAAGUAUGUAUAGUGCCAAAAAGCGUACAAACGUAUCUGUAUAUGAAUUUGGUGAAAACCCACUAGAUGUAAAGGAAAUUUCCAGCCUUCUUCAAAGAAUCAAAAUAUUGCAGCCCAAAGUUAUUCUGCUCUCCUGUCCAAUAGAUGUACAAAACAUUGUUCUCAGGGUAGCAGCAAGGCAUUCAAUGCUUGGGUAUGGAGACAUUUGGAUCAUACCUCAACUCGAUAACACACUAGAUAGCAAACUGAUUCCAAUUCAGCUCAUAACAGUAAGAAGAACAUUUGAGUCCAACCAAUUACCUAUGCUUGACAAUGACCAAGUGAUAUCUGCAGUGGAACAUGCGAUGAAAAUCAUGAAGAGUGACAACCAGAGCCGUCAUCUACAAUAUGUGACAAAAUCAACAAAACUUUCUCCGUGUAGAAGCAACAAAUUGUCUAAGGUCACAGUGCUAGCAAAGAGUGACAAGACUUCAGAUUGGACAGUCGUCUACAUGAAAGACAAGAGUAAAAAUUAUCAAUUUCUCGCAGACAACGGACUCGUUAUGAGCAUUUUCAACACUGAUAAAAGGACUACAUUUUUACGUAUGGUAACAGUAAUUGAUGCUCCUUUCACAAUGGAAAUGCCUUAUCUUGGCAUUGGUGACGGUGAUUUUUAUCAAUGUGAACGGGGAUUGGUGUGUCGCCUCCCCAAUUCAAAUGCAAACACAACAGCUCGUUCUGUGUGGCGGUAUUCUUGCUGCAUUGGAUAUUCAAUGGACCUGUUGAGCCUACUGAUGCAAAAGUUGAGCUUAACUGUUGAUUUGUAUAUUGUUGAAGACGGGUUCUAUGGCUCUCUAAUCAACGGGUCCUUCAAUGGCAUGAUUGGCGAUGUAGCCAGUGGGAAAGCUGAUGUAGCUGUUGCUGGCUUGACUGUAACGUCCAAAAGAUCGACGGCUGUAGAUUUCACCUCGCCUUUUAUCCGGCAAGACAUCGGAAUUGUCACAAUGUCUAAGAAAGAUGCACUGCCAUUUAUCAACUGGCAAUUUGCCUAUCCCGUUGACAAUAUAGUGAUCAUCAUUGUCUUCAUGGGAAUUUUGCUUGGCACCUUCCUUACGUAUGGCAUGGAAAAUAAAGAGCUCGUGGUUAGACGUUUGCUUGAUCCGAAGCAAAACCCCCCGCGCUAUUCAUGGCGGGAAGGCUUCACGUAUUAUUCUGGGCUGACAUUUCAAAGAGAUCUGGGAGGGAAGAAUCCAUCAGAAUUCGGGAGCCGUGUUGUUGCUAUUGGCUUCGCCUUCGCAAUGCUAGUUGUCAUGACGACGUAUACAGCGGUUCUAACUGCAACUAAAGUAGCCCAGAGAGACCCAAACCCAUUUGUUGGCAUAAAAGAUCAGAGGAUGAGAAACCCAACUCCUGAUUUCAAAUUUGCAACUGUUCCAAGCACAAGUAUUGAAAGCUUCUUCAAAAAUGCUCCUGAUGAAACAUUUCAAAGAAUGUAUCUGUUUAUGCUGAAAUAUAAUGUGCGCACUGUGGAGGAGGGGCUGAAGCAAGUAAAAUCUGGGAAAAUUCAAGCAUUUAUCCACGAAUAUCCAUUUCUGCUUUACUUUUUAUCAAAGCAGUCCAAAUGUGAAAUGAAAAUAACAGGUGAGCCAGUUGGCCAAUCAGGAUUCUCUCUAGCACUUGCCAAGGGAUCACCCUGGACUGACAGGAUGUCUUAUGAAAUCUUGAAAUUAACAGAAGCUGGAGUAUUGACUGAUUUGAAUAAAAAAUGGUUAUCAGCCUCUUGUUCAGAACAGAAUGACAAUAAACUUUCACCAGAGAGCCUCUCUCUGGAGUAUUUUGGAGGUCUGGUUCUGUUUAUUUCAAUAACUUUUGGGGCGAUGUUUUUAAUGCUGCCAAUUGAAUACGCAUAUCGAAGAUAUCCGAGGAAACAUAUAGACAACCUUGCAAAUAGCAUAUCAACGUGGAAGCAAGCAAGGGAGCAUCGGAUUGCUUUGAAAGCGAAGCCAAAAUUGAAAUCCAUAUCAUCUGAUAGUGCCCUAGAUGGCCUCGCUAUGGAUAGAAGACCAAUAACUGUAAUUUAGAGAAUUCAAAUUUUACAAAUUGAAACUUUAUUGCGAUAGCAUCGCUGUAAAUGUUGUAGGCAAGUCAUCCUUAGCAUUCGUUUACCCUUUCUACGUUUACGAACUGUUUUACAUCAGUAUUUGCUUUGAAAGUCUUAUGAAGGUCUUUGGAAGUAUACAGAAGAUACCAGGGACAGAUUUAAGCGACAAGGAUUGGGGGGGGGGGUAUUGGAUAAUGAUUGGACGUUGUGCCACACCCUUUAUGUGACUAUAAAAAACUGAUGGAAACGGCAAUUUUUAAAACUCAGUUACUUUUAGAUAAAGAAGAUAAGAACAAAAAGAUAUUAACUUUUUAGUAUUGUUUUGCUGCUACUGACUACCAAAAAAUGCAUUUACCGAAUCAAAGCAAAAUUUACGGAAGAACACAAGAAUAUUGGGGGGGGGGGGAUGUCGCACUCCCCAUAACCCCCGGUAAAUCCUGGAAGAUACUUAGUAACUGUACCUAUGAAUCAUAUAAUGGUAGCUUUUUUGCAAAUCAAGAUGGCUUAUGUCAGCCCUGCCAAGAAGUUAUCAACUUAACCAAUAAGAGGCAAAGUUUUUCAUUGAAAUGUAAUGUAUUUAAUUUGUAUGUUUUUAUCAUGACUGUAUAUCUCUCUUGUUUAGAAGUAAUUAGUAAAUGUUUGUGAGUAUCUUCAUUUCUGUGUUGUGUGUCCUAGUGCUGAAUACCCAAAUACUGUAUAUUUUGCAAAUAAUUGGAGGUGAAAAGAAUAUCACUUCUAGAUCGAAAAUGACAAGAGAGGCAGAAUAACGUAUUUGGUUUGUUUCUUGACUACAGUCUAGAUAAAAAGCUUAUAAAAAGAUUCCGUUCUUCGAAUGGCCAACAGGCCCUCAGGUCUCCUUUCUCUCUGCUUGGAUAUUAAAAAUGUAUGUUUCGAAACAUAAAAUUGCUACACGAAGCAUACCUAGAAAACCUAGAGUCUAGAAAAUUUCAAGCUAAAACGGCAUCAAGCAUUCA